AUGAUGAUGAUGACCUUUACACGAGUAAGCAACAGCAGGCCAUUGUUAUCAACAGUUGCCUUGUUGAAUAGCUGUGGCAAUAGUAGGCUAUACACUACAUCAGGUGUAUCUGCCCAUCUUCCCAGUCACAACAGAGACAAGAAGAUUCUGAUUCAUGGUACCGAUGCCACUGGUGUUUCUCUUGCACUCUUCUUGAAACGAAGAGGUAUCUCUUCUGAGCUUGUAGAUACAGGAUCACCAUCGACUAGAAGCGAUCGUGGAAUGAUCAUUGGAGGCAAUGAGAUCAGAGCACUAAAGCAGAACGGUGUCUUUGAGUCCAUAUAUCGAAAGAGCAAAGAUAUCUCUAGCUCAGUGGUAGCGUCACGUGAUGGCGACGUAUAUGGUCAAUGUCAGUUUGAGAAGUGUCUCCCAACACUUCCCUUUGCACUGACAGAGUCCACCUACGUUGAGACGUUGCUUCAAGAGUGCUUGUCCACACCUCAAUCUGGUGAAGGCAUUGUCAAGCUUCGCAGGGGCGAGACCAAGCUCACUCUUCAACAGCCAAAGAACCAACAAGUGUCUACGACCAACAACAAGAUAUUCGUCUCCUACUCAGAGACCAGCAAGGCAGCAUACGAUCUUGUGGUGGGCUGCGAUCCACACUCCAACUCUAACGACAUACAGUCGGUGUCACCCGUUCGCAGCUACAUGCUGCGAGACGCUACACCAAACAAUAUCGCCGAACAAUAUCCCGAGCAACUGUACCAUUUCCGAACAGUGAUCAAUCGUCCUCAGCUCUUCCCCUCGAUUGCGAUGCAGCAGUUUGCCACAGAGAAGCGUUUACUUACAUUCCCGCUACCCAACGAUCGUCUGGCCGUCAGUGGUUCGUUUAAGAAACCACUUCAGUCAAGUCCUGUGGGCGAUGUUCCUCGCAACAAGAUCUUCCAGACGUUCCUUGACUUUGAGGAUAUAGGAGCACACAUCAUCACCGAGUUCCUAGAGUCGGCACCCGAGUCACUCAAGCUGGAGAAGACCGAGUCAAAUCGUCUGGUGUCCUAUAUCUCAUCGGCAGGCAAUGUCGUAGUGAUUGGCGAAGCAGCUGAUCGUCUUGCUGGUGGUUCAUUCGAGAGUAACUUUAUUGGAAUUGAGGAUGCAUACCAACUUGCAGAGCUGAUCAGUGGAUCCCCAACAUCAGUGGACCAGCUGAUGGUACUGUUCAACCAACAGAGACAAACAAGAAUUAAGAGUAUAUUGGAGACAAUCAAUCAUCAGGAGCAUAUCGUUUACAAGGGCGGAUGGCAAGUUCGGCUCUUUGGAAAGUACUACCUUAGGAGAUACUUCUCUCAGAGAAGUCAAUCAAAGAGAAUCAGACAGAUCACUGGCAGUAAU